AUGAUAGACAACGUAGCGGACAAUGAUACGCAGGACAUGGCUCAGGCCAUAACAGAGACUCCACAGUGGCUCUCCAACGUGCAGGCACGAUCUGCUGCCAGAAAGCUUUUUGAAACUAAGGAGAAAGAGAGAGCUGACUAUUUCAAAAACAUCACUGAGGAUGAGAUGAACAACAUUCCCACAUGCUUACUUCUUCGCCUGCCGCCUAUGAAGGUGAGGGAUUUGCCUGACUCUGUGUGUCCUGCCUUCCUCUACAAGAUGAAAGAGGCCAACCUGAGCUCAUUUCCUCAUCAUUCCCCUUCUCGCCCCGCACUCACCCAGAGGGCUCUGCUUUGCCUGGCCGAAGGACCAGACCUAUCUGGACUGACGGAUGAAGACGUAUCCAGCCUUGGACAGCUGAAAUGUGAGCUUCAGCCUUCCCAACUGCUCUCCAUGGCCCCUGAUGUCCUGAACUCCAGCCUCCAGCAAAUGGCUUCCUGCCAGCACAUUCCUCAACGCCACAGGGCAGAUAUAAUUCAGCUGGUCACACAGACUUUUGGGGAUCCGUCUUAUUGGUCAGCUGAGACUAUGGAAGCACUGGGUCCUUUGCUCCUUUUGGAUGACAAUGCCAUAUCUGCUCUGCCCUAUAAGUCCUGGAUGAAGGACGUUCUCUAUUCCCUGCAGUCGGGCCUGCGCCGCACCUCCAAAGCCCUGAGAAAGAAAUUAUUCGACCUCACCACCACCACAUCAAAUGCAGCGUCCAAAAGUAACAAUAAUAAAGAAAUCACUGUGGAGUUGAUUGAAGAGCUGGGAAUGGCCAACGUCUACUGGACACAUUCACAGCUUUCUCAGAUGUCAGACGAAACCUUCCUCACUACUUUAGAAACACUUGGGGCUGUCCCUGACUAUGGGGCAGAUCAACUGGCCGUGCUCAGUAAAAAAGCAACUGAGGUCUUGGGCCCAGUGUCCCAGAUGAAUGAGAGUGUGGUGAUGCAAAUGGGAUGCGUAACUCGGGGCUUCUCCAGUGCAGACCUGGAGAGGCUCCCCUUCUCACUGGACUCUCUGGAGGAAAUUGCCAAAUGUGGCUGGAAUGAGUCACAGGUGGAGCUGGUGUGGAAGGCUGUUGCUGUUUAUAACAACCUGACAGCGCAGCAGCUGGGACCUACAGACAUGGUAGCACUGAGCCAGUUCAUCUGUGGCCUAAACUCCAGCGAGUUCGCACAGCUCAACGUGAACGCCUUCAGGGACGCUGUGGGCUCAAUGGAUGGUGUUCAAUGCUCCUCCAAGGUUGCACAGCAGUUGAAAAGUAUUGCUGUGUCUGCUUUUGGAAACCCCAACACCUGGACUGAAGCACAAGUGUCUGAGCUGGGCAACAUCAUUGCUGGGUUGAAUUCAACUGAGUUGGCUUCUUUAGACCCGGCUGUCUUCUCAUUUCUCAGCAAGUCCUGCAUCCCGCUCAUUACACAAUUUGCUGCACUUUCUGUUGCUCAGCUUGAGGCUCUUGGACCUGACAACGCUGCCAUGGUAACCAUUGAACAGCUAGCUUCCCUGAGUGACGAGCAGAUGGCUGCUUUUGAAAGGGCUGUGACCGGGUCACCUGACCAAACACAGAAAUAUAGCCAGUCAGGUACUCCAUCGCUGAAUGUUGAGGGGAUCUCAGCUUUCAUGAAGCCCUUUCUGUUGCUCUUCAUGGGGUUCCUGCUGCUGUGAGAAUAGAGAGCCACCACAUCCAAAUGCAAAACUCACAAGUGCUUUAAGCUAACAAGACACCCAGCUUCAUUAACAUUAGGUGCACUUGUGACAUGUAAUUCUCAGAUCAAGUUUGUUAUUUGUGAUGAAGACAUGUUUUUCAUAGAUAAUAUAUAAUAUAAUCUCAUAGAUCUGAGAUCAUUUGUGUGAACGUAGGAGUGUGCCUAUUCUAAACAUUAAGUAUACAACAUAAUCAUCUGAACUGAUAAUCUGUGUAAGGAAUCUCUAUAACUGCUUUUUAAUAUCCUGUCUCUAGAAGUAAGAGGAAUAUU